AUGGUUCCCUCUCUUCACUGCCUCCCAGUUUUCUUUGCUCUUAUCAUCUUGGUAGCAGCUGAUCAGCAGCCCCCAACCACUCUCCUGACUAGUGACAGUGUCUCUUCCAGGCCUAAUGCUCUUGUCCUGCUCGUUAGCAAGAACGAGGCAACGAAUCUUCAUGUAGUAGACAUCCAAAAGAGGACUCCUCUGAAGCCAGUUCCCCUGGUUCUGGAUGUAAAUGGGCGGUCGUUGUGGGUUGAUUGCGAGAGCAACUACCUGUCAUCAACCUACAACGCCCCACAGUGCCACUCCACUCAGUGCUCUAGAGCCAACCUUCACGACUGCCGCACUUGCUCGGCCCAAACCAGGCCCGGCUGCCACAACAACACAUGCGGGCUCAACGCGGUGAACCCUGUCUCCGGGGAGACCGCCUUCGGUGAGCUCGCCCAAGAUGUCCUCUCAAUUCCGUCCACAGAUGGGUCUAGCCUCGGGCAAUUGGUCACUAUCCCUCAGUUCCUCUUCGCUUGUGCGCCUUCCUCUCUGGCACAAAAGGGGUUCCCACCUGCUGUACAAGGAGUUGUUGGCUUAGGCCACACUUCGAUUGCCCUACCGACUCAACUGGCUUCCCACUUUGGAUUCCAACAGAAGUUUGCUCUGUGCCUCACUUCCCCACUUAACCAUGGAGUCCUUUUCUUGGGAGAAGCCCCCUACAGACUACAUCCCGGCAUCGACGUCUCACAUCCACUAGGCUCUACCCCACUAUCCAUCAGCAGAGAAGGCGAGUACUUCAUACAAGUGACAUCAAUAAGGAUCAAUGAGAGGGUCGUCCCAGUGAACCCGGCCUUGUUAAACAGAAGACCUGGUUCGACUCUAAUCAGCACCACAACGCCUUACACCGUCCUGGAACACUCAAUCUACCAAACUUUCACUCAGUUCUACGCGAACCAGAUGUCGUGGGCACCCCGGGUGCAGCCAAUUGCACCCUUUGGGCUGUGCUUUGACGCGACUAAGAUGACUGCAACGCAAAUCGGGCCUGAAGUUGCUAACAUUGAUCUUGUAUUGCACAACCGUAACAACGUAUGGAGGAUUGUUGGCGCAAACUCAAUGGUACAGCCGCGACCUGGGGUCUGGUGCUUAGGCUUUGUGGAUGGAGGAUCCAACCCUAAAGCUCCAAUUAUUCUAGGGUCAUAUCAGUUGGAGGACAAUCUUCUGCAGUUUGAUCUGGCUAGGUCAAAGCUGGGCUUCAGCUCUUCGCUGCUAUUCCGUGGAACUCAUUGUGGUAACUUCUUCGUAGGCUCCGCCCAAACCUCAGCUGCAAAGGAGGAGAAGCAUGUGUAG